AUGGGUUACCGCCAAGAUUAUAACCCCGAGGGGUUGCCUGACGAGAGCAAGAAAGAUCGAAAUGACCCUCUCGCAGUAACGACCGACGACCUCGAAGGCUCAACACACAUUCUCCAGGAUCGCCUUCGUCGCUCUCUCUCCGCAAGACAGGUUCAGAUGAUUGCCAUUGGAGGCACCAUUGGAACGGGUCUCUUCCUCGGCACAGGAAAGUCGCUGGCCACCGGUGGUCCUGCCUCGAUGCUCAUCUGCUACGCCAUUGUCGGCUUCAUUGUCUUUGUCACAAUGCUCAGUCUGGGAGAGAUGGCUGCGUUUUUGCCAGUAGCAGGUAGUUUCUGUACAUUUGCGGGUCGUUUUGUCGAUGACGCUUUUGGCUUCGCCCUGACAUGGAAUUACUGGUUCAACGACGCCGUUUCGACAGCUUCCGAUUUGGUCGCGCUUCAACUAGUAUUACAGUACUGGACGGAUCACUUCCCCGGAUGGGCACUGAGCUUGAUAUUCUGGUUUGUGUUGAUUGCCGUCAACAUCGCUACUGUGCGCGCAUAUGGCGAGCUCGAAUACUGGCUGAGCUUGCUUAAAGUCAUUACCAUUGUUGUUUUCAUUGUCAUGGGCAUCGUUGUCAACUGCGGCGGCAACGCCAGCGGACAUUACAUUGGCGGCGAAAACUGGCAUAUCCCCGGUGCUCCAUUUGUUGGUGGUAUUGGUGGCUUUGCCUCUGUUUUUGUCACUGCUUCGUUUGCCUAUGGUGGUACCGAAUCCAUCGCCAUUACUGCUGGUGAGACUAAGAACCCUACGAAGACUAUGCCCAAGGUGGUGAAGAAUGUCUUUUGGCGAAUUCUCCUCUUUUAUAUCCUCUCUGUUCUCCUGAUCGGCCUCAACAUCCCUUACAACUACCCCGGACUAAACACCAAGAACACACGCACUUCGCCUUUUACACUUGUUUUCCAGAUGACAGGAGCCAAGGCCGCCGGCAGCGUUAUCAACGCCGUCAUCUUGACUAGUGUUUUGUCGGCUGGUAACCACGCCUUGUUCGCCGGAACGAGAUUGCUGUACACGCUGGCCAUGGAGGGUCAUGCACCAAGAGUCUUUGGCACGCUCAACAGACACCAGGUGCCCUGGGUCGCCGUCCUCGCUACCGGUUUUGUUUCUGGUCUCUGCUUCGGCUCCAGCUUCAUUGGCGCAGGCCAACUUUGGAACUGGCUGCAAAAUCUCGUCGGUGUCUCUAACCAGCUCAGCUGGAUCGCCAUCGGUGUCACCUCGCUUCGCUUCCGUGCCGCCCUCGCCCGCCAAGGCAAGACGCAUUUGCUUCCAUUCAAGAACUGGACUUACCCGUUCGGCCCAUGGAUCGCGGUCGUGCUCAACUCGUUUCUCGUUCUCAUCCAGGGAUGGAGUUGCUUCAGCCCCUCAUUCGACGGCGUGAGCUUUGUCAGUUUCUAUAUUGAACUGCCCAUCAUGCUGGUCAUGUAUCUCGGCUGGAAAUUCAUUAAGCGAACCAAGUUUGUGCGUCUAGAAGACAUGGAUCUCGAGACGGAUGUGCAUACAGCUGAAGAACAAGUGGAGGAGGAGGAGGAGGAGAAGGGAUGGAAGGCAAAGGCCAAGAGGGCUUAUGAGUGGCUGUUUUGA